CGCGAUCGUCUUUUGAUCUUAUCUCUAGCCUUGAGAGCCACCUUCAUUUCCGUCCUUCCAGACCCGGUCCUUUCUCCGUUCCGUGAUACCCUGAUCCAUCUCUCGCUUUUCGUCCCCACAUCCUCACCCGUGUUCCUCGCACAUCGGCUGAUCCGACCUCUUCCCCAUCCGCCUCUCUCCAACCUCGUCUGAGAGGAGCAGACGUCUCGACGGUGCUGCUAUCUCACCGGAAAUUGCUACAUCGACCAUCGUCAACCCGAUUGUUGUGCCGGCGGGGGAGAAAUACCCGUAUCGGUGAUUGUUUGCUGUGCCUACUUCGUCCCACGCUUUCCCCGUAGUUGUGGUAUAAAACUGUCCAGGGGACUCUGUUAACACUCUUACGGGCAUACAAAAUUGCGAGACAACAUGUCAGAAUAGAUGUUAGUCAAUGAAAGGUUGAAGGUACAACUGAGAGACGGCAGAAUACGAAUCAUGCGCUCUCCUGCUUGGUCCAUUAAGAAUUAUUUAUCCGCCUGCUCCUUCGUUCGCUGUGGCCCUCGGUCAAAAUCCCUUUGCGCUCGACUUUUUCUAAACGCUUGAAAGCGCACGCAUACGUACGUUCGCAGGACGAAAUCUAGGCCCAUUGCAUAGAUAUGUCCAAUACCGGCAACACCGAUAACCACUCUAGCGCUGAGACGGGGGGAAUGGCCGAAGAAGGCUACGGGUCUCCGAUUGAGGCACCACCGGGGCUAUACGUCAAAGCCCUGUACGACUAUACUUCGGAUGACCACACCAGCUUAAGUUUCCGACAAGGGGACAUCAUACAGGUCCUGAAUCAGUUGGAAACGGGGUGGUGGGAUGGUGUUAUCGGCGACGUUCGUGGUUGGUUUCCAAGCAACUAUUGCGCUGUUGUCCCCGGCCCCGACGCCUUCUGUGAUCGGGCCAAUCUUGCGGCCGAAUUAAGUAUCGAAUCUGGUACAGAAGAUGACUAUGAGGACGAUAACGAUGAUGACCUGGAUUCGCAGGGAAAUUCAAGAGACGAUUUAUCCAUUCUCCCGAUCGAGAGCAUGGCUCCUGCCACUCAGGAAGAGGCAGCGUAUUGGAUCCCCCAAGCUACGGCGGACGGGCGAUUGUUUUAUUACAACACUUUGACGGGCUAUAGUACAAUGGAGCUUCCUUUGGAAACGCCAACCUCGCCCCAUGAGUCUGGACCGCGGAAUCAGACGAAUAUUUACGUCCCUGAACACACUCGUGCGCCAAUCGACCUAGUUAACCGGUCUCUCGGUGGGUACGAGCAUGAUUAUGACGGUUCUGCAUCCGAAGCUGAAGGUGAAUCCCUUCUUUUCACAUCAAAUGAGUCCUCAUCAAGACGACGUCGUUCGGGCUUAUCUGACGGAGUGUCUCCUGCAACCUCUUUAGACUCAGUAAAUCCAUCACCCGUUGCAAAACUUCUUGAUUCGCGGGCUCCACGGAGCGCCGGGACUCAGUUGCACUCCUCUACCUCUCACUUCGGCGCGGCGGCUACGACUUCUUUGUGUAUACGGUCUGCACCAGCCCCCGUUUCUUCUUCCGUCCCUCGAUAUUUUCUUGAUGAUGCCACACAGGUUCCGCCAUCGUGGGCAUCGUUGGUCGAAAAUAUGCGUCAGGCUAUUGAGGCGUAUCGACAGGCGAUGCUGGCAGGAGACCGGUCCCAAUUCGUGAGUAGAGCAGAGGAUAUUUCAGACCACUUGCGAAUGCUUCUGGCUGCAGGCUCUGGUACGACCGAUAAUCACUCGGGGAACCCGUCUAUCAUUUCUACCAACAAGGCGCUGUAUCCUCAUUUCCGUGACAUGAUGUCCAAAUUUUCCAAGUUGGUCUUGUCGUCCCAUAUUGCGGCUGCAGAUUGGCCCGUUCCAGACUCGUCGAAGAAAUGCCUUCAUGAAGCCGAGGGCGUCCUCUCCGGCGUUUAUGGCUAUGUUAAUAUAGCUAGGCAACAAAAAGGAGAGGAUAUCCGGCGGCUGGUGCCUGGAUUCGUCAGUGGUAGCACUUCUGGAGGGCACUGGCAAAACAAUAAUCUCUGUGAUAAAGAUCCCACGGCUUUUCUAGAGCACGAUUCAGGCCGAGAUCUCCGCGCUACUCCUUCGACGGCACUUGAUUCUGCCCUUCUUGACCGAAUUGAUGAUCUUCGAAAGGCGGUGGUUGCCAACUGUCGUUAUUUGGAUAAGCAGCUUAGUCUGAAGGAUAAAAUUGUGACCUCUGGCGGACAUGCUACAAUCGGAGAUGCUGUAUGCGCCGCCUGCGUUCGCAUUCUGGAGGCUUUCCGGCCGUGGAUGUCCCAUAUCGAAUCAAUCGAUCUUGCUCCGUUGGGCACUAGCCUUCAAAACCCGCAGUUAGCAGACUUUAGUCUCCAAAAGCAACGGGCGUAUGACGGUGUCGCGGACCUCGUCCUAGCCUGCCAAGCAAUGUCGGCACCGUUGGCUGAUGAAUGGGCCGAACUUCGAUCCGAUGCGCUCGAUACCCGUCUUAAUGAUGUUAAGGUUAUAACGAGGCAACUGGAGCAAUAUAUGUCUCAAAUCGGGUUCUCUCUCACACUGUUAUUGGAGCAGUCACCUCUGGAAAGCCCAGGAAACCUUCCGGGAGGCAAAUCGGAUGUCCCUGCGCCAAUGCGGAUGCGUUCGGAGUCCCAAGUCAGGCGCGUUCCGCCAGAGUCUAUCGGUAUUCCAUCGUCUUAUCCAAUAAAUGGCGAAGAUUUGAUAGAACAGCCGCAGCGUACUCUCGAUAAGGCACAGCGCUUCUUUGGACAGCCUGUCCCUCGAGAACAGCCUAUUAGAGAUGUUGAAGAGACUCCUUGGUUCUUAAGUCUUGAUCAUGAAGGAGAGGUAUUCUAUGAUACCAAGUCUGAAGUACCCCAGGUAAAAUGUGGUACAUUGGCUGGACUAGUCGAGCAGUUGACGCGCCACGAUAAACUGGAACCUUCCUUCAAGGACACCUUCCUCCUUACGUACAGAUCAUUCACUACAGCGUCCGAACUAUUUGAAAUGCUUGUCCUUCGGUUUACUCUCCAACCUCCGUCAGGCCUGAAUGUGACAGAAUUGCAAUCUUGGACAGAGCAGAAACAAAACCCGAUUCGGAUCCGCGUUGUUAGUAUCCUUAAGAGUUGGUUAGAGACUUAUUGGAUGGAACCAAAUGACAAUGCCAACACCCUGUUGCUAAGACGAAUUCACGCGUUUGUGACAAAUGCAGUCACAAAUACUAGAACUCCCGGUACCACUCAGCUGCUCAGCUUAAUUGAUCAGCGAAUACGCGGAUUAGACACCACAGCUAGGCGCCUAGUGCCUACGCUUAGUGCCCACACACCCACUCCUAUUCUCCCGAAGAAUAUGAAGAAGAUAAAAUUCCUUGACAUCGACCCUACCGAGUUCGCAAGGCAGCUUACGAUCAUUGAAUCGAGACUAUAUGCCAAGAUCAAACCUACAGAAUGCUUGAAUAAGACAUGGCAGAAGAAGCUCGGACCCGAUGAGCCCGACCCUGCCGUUAAUGUCAAAGCGCUUAUCUUACACUCCAAUCAGCUGACAAAUUGGGUGGCAGAGAUGAUCUUAACUCAAUCGGAUGUGAAGAGAAGAAUGGUCGUCAUCAAGCAUUUUGUCACGGUUGCAGAGAAAUGUCGGCAGAUGAACAACUACUCCACUUUGACGUCGAUCAUCUCGGCUCUCGGAACCGCGCCAAUCCACCGGUUGAACCGGACGUGGUCGCAAGUUAGCCAGAAGACCUCGUUGACUUUGGAGGCGAUGCGUAAGCUCAUGGCCAGCACUAAGAACUUCGGAGAGUACCGUGAGACGUUGCAUCUUGCAACACCACCUUGCAUCCCAUUUUUCGGCGUAUAUCUGACCGAUCUCACCUUUAUCGAAGACGGAAUACCAUCCUUAACACCCUCCGAUCUUAUAAACUUUAGCAAGCGCUAUAAGACGGCGGAAGUGAUCCGAGACAUCCAGCAGUACCAGAACACACCUUAUCAGCUACAGCCGGUGCCGGAGCUGCAGGACUACGUUUUGAGUAACAUGCAAGCAGCCGGGGAUGUGCACGAGAUGUACGACCGGAGUUUGGAGGUCGAACCUCGAGAACGGGAAGAUGAGAAAAUUGCGAGAUUGCUGUCGGAAUCCGGGUUCUUGUAA